UGGUAGUUUGCCGGUCCAUUUUCACUGAACACUGUCAAUUAGCAAGACCAACACAAGUAUCGGACAUGUUAACGGGCUAGUUUAUUCAUUAACGAAGACAUUUUUAACGUAAUCAUCAUCAGCGAGUAUAUACAGGCAGCGCUUGAACAUCAUGUUUGAAAAUUUCAAAGAAAAACUUCAGACUGUUCAGCAGGAUUUCACCACAGGCCUCAAGACAUUAGGGGACAAGUCUAAAGAUGUCAAAGUCAAGAGGAGACCCAGGUUUGAAGAAGGCCUACUUCAGUUCACUGCUGGUCUAGAGCUCCUCAGCAGGUAUGAGGAGAGUUGGGUUCUGCUCCACAAAGGAACUAAAGACUGUGCUCAGACUGCAGAGGCAGUGGAUGGUGAAAUAGUGAUGAUGUCAGCUCAUUGGGAAAGAAGGAAAACCGCCUUUACCCAAUUAGAGAAACAACUCCAGACCUUACCUGGCUUCAUCAAUGAACUGGACACUAUCACAGCAAGGUUAGCCCAUUUGGAAGGAGACUUUGAGGAGAUGGAGAGCAGGCUGGUGUACCUUGAGACUCUGUGCUGCCUUUGUGAGCAGCAGAGAUUCAAACAACAUUAUAUCAACGAUCUUGAGAAGUACAAGAAGAAUAAGAGGAAAGAGCUGGAGGUGCUGAAAGUGGAGCUAGACUCUGAACAUUCCCAGAAGGUGGCAGAUCUAGAGCUGGUCACUCAACAGAAACUGAUGGCGCGCCAGAAGAUAUACGAAGAAGCUUUUAAACAAGACAUGGAAAAAUACCUGUCUACUGGAUACCUACAGCCCAGAGAGCCUACAGGGGGCCAGGUGUGUGCUCUAGAUCAGAUGACAGUGACUGAUAUUUCAGACCAGAACGCUCUGGAUGAGUUUCUGAAUUCCAUGGGAGAUGAUGUCAGCACUGCAUCAUCGAUCACAUCAGGUCCAGGCCAUGAAUCCUCAUCUCCCGAAUCACCGACAAACUCUACCAGCCAAUAUCUUCCAACAGCCAUCCAGGUUGUAGUGGGACUUCGGGAGGAGGUGGCCAGCAAGGACAGUGACAAACCUUUGGUACAAUCCGAUGAGGAAGAUGUUCAUGUAGAUACGUCACUGGUUUUUCUGCCAGAAGGUCCAGUGAGAAGCUCUGAUGAGAGUGACUCUGCAGGUGACCUGCCCUCUGGAUAAAUCACAAACCUGCCUAGCAAACAUGUUGCUCUUGUAGCCCAGCAAGCCAGCCCACAGGAAAAUCCUGGAGCUGUGCUUCUCAACUCUGGUCCUUGGGGACCUCCAGUACUGCAGGUUUUCUUUUGUCCCAUCUACUCCAACCAUCUAAUCAGGGACAUUUUAGUUCUGGAACAACAAGUCAGGUAAAUGUAAUUAUCUACCUGGCAGAAAUGAAAAACCAGCAGUACUGGUGAAAACCAGAGAACCUAACUGAUAUCCUAGAACCACUGUCCUAGGGUGUCAACUACCCAUAAUCCCCUCUGAAUAUAGUAAAUAGAGCUCCCACUAUUACUCCCAGGUGAUUUAACUACUGCUACCUUUUUGUCUGGCUAUUAGCAUAACACGUCUGUUUCUGUUACACUGUCUACCUUUCUAAACAAAGAAAUAAAUCAACUUUUG